GGCGGAGAAAGCUUGACGCCCGACUAGUUGGUUGCAUCCCUGCCCUACUCCUGAAAGAGCUCGACCGUGCUCGAUGCAGCGCUGAGAUUGCACAGGAUAUCGGGAGACCUUCAAAACGCAGACAUGAGAUACGCCUUGGCUGAUGCCUGAGGCCGGAUUGGGCUCAACGCUCCUCGAAACUACUUCGCCUGAUGUAGACAGACACCGUCUGCCGUUACGAGGCUGGCAUCCUUCGCCUCCUCACACUCUUAUCACCCUAAAUGCACGGCCUGGAAGGAUCAUCAGGCUGCUAAGUUAAGCAUUUCCCCAGACAUGGGUCGGUCAAGGAGGGGCUGUGCCGCCCUUGGUCGUAUGUAUUGCGCCGGUCGCGCUGGGUCUCAUCAUCCGCCUGAAUACCUUUCCCUGAGAAUAACGAGCACGCUUAUCACGGCAUGUCGCCGUCGUUGUGGACUGCUUUGGCAGCGGUGAGUACUGCCUACGCCGCGAGCGACAAUUCUCAAGUCUUUGCUCUGCCGGUCAAAGAUGUCUCGCUUUCCAAUGGCAAGCUCAUGCGAGGCGUGCCAAUCUCCGCUGGCACGCCUUCACAAUCGUUCGCUGUAGUCCCUCAGGCACACUUUGACGAUACCAUCCUGUACACCAAGAGCAGUGGCGCAUGUGCUAGCAACGCCACUUCUGCGACCUGUGUGACCCUCUGCGGGGGCUUGUACGAUCAACAGACCUCCUCCUCGAGCUCGACAAUCGACCAAGACCCUGGCAAUGACUCGAUCGUCGGAGACGAUCUACUAAUAGGCAACUCGUCCCUCUCUGAUUACCCAAUCGUUCUGCCCAUCACGGAGUGGGGGCCUACCGGCAACACCCUGGGCAGUCUCGGUGUCUCACCGAAUUCGACCCUGCUCAACGCCCUGCUCACAGCCGGCAAGAUUGCAUCUCGCUCCUACUCGUGGUGGUGGGGCGUGCAGACCUCCACCAAUCUAGCUGCGACAGACGGCCAACUUGUCCUGGGAGGAUUCGACGCGGCCAAGAUGCAAGGAUCGCAGUACAGUUUCCCUCUCGUCGCCCCCACCAGGACUGCGCUUCUGGCAUGCUUGCAGGCGUGCAUUAUGCCCGAUGCGCCGCUCAUAGCGUAUAUUCCGCAGACCCCGUACUUCAAGACCUUCCAAGCGCUCACUGGGACGUCGAACGUGGGUACCGAGUUGCAGCCUGCGACGUUGAACUACCAAGGCAUGCUAUUUCCACAGAGCAAUGUAUACAAGGGCAACCUGACCAUCAGCAUCAACAACGAAAUCGCCUUCGAAUUCCCAAACGACCAGCUCGUCCUCCCCAACGCCAACGUUCAACCAGACGGCUCCAUCCUCGCAGACCAAGCGGCACCCGAAUUGCUCCUGGGCUCAGUCCUGGGUCCAAGCUCGGGCUGGGCAGUCCUGGGUCGCUCGUUCUUCCAAGCCGCGUACCUCGCCGUGAACUAUGACGCGGGCAACUUUACUAUUUCCCUGUGGGCCAGGGAGGAGCGCCUUGCUUGA